UACGUGUGCUUAACUUUUUGGGAUUAGGAUUCUCCCUUCUAUUGCACAUGAGUUCAUGUUAGCUGCAUAAUCAACCAACAUGAUGAGCAAGUCGUUCCUAAAACCGCAACUUCAUCUUCUUCUUCCAUUUCCCACUAAACCCUUCUUCCCUUACACUCUCAAAUACAAACCUUCUUUUAUUCCAAUCAACACAUUCUCCACAACCACCAUUGAGACACUCUCCUACGGACCUUCCCUCCAUAAAGGCACCAGCCCUUUCCCUCUCUCUUCCCAAUCCCAACCCCCUCAAAACGACGGCGUUCUCAAUGAACAAACCUUCACCAGAAUCUUCAACCUCGCUGCACUCCGUGUCCCUUCCUCCAAUUGCUCCGCCUUAGAAAAUCGCCUCCGUGGUCACCUCCUCAAUUGGCCUCGUAUUCGUAACAUCGCUCGUGUUCCCGGCGAUGAAAUUGAUCCUAACAUCGCUUCAUUAUUAGGUCAAAAAUCUGAAGAAAAUGACGAAGGUGACGGUGAUGACGAUGCAUUGAGUCCUGUGUUGUAUCGUGAUAAACUUGCCAAAACGUUUAACACGCGUGGAUUUGUGAAGUUUCGGAAUUUGGCGAAGAUUUCGAGGCCGAAUAGGAAUAAUAAGAAGAAGGAGAAGGGGAAAAUUGGUGAAGCUGAAGGGAAUAAGCGAGUUGGGAGGAAUGGUUUUGUUGAAGUUGAGGUUGUUGAAGAAGGUGUUGACGAGGGUUUGAGGAAUUUGAUUGGUGAGGAAAUUGGGAGUGGAAAGUGGAGAGGUUCGACGAGGUUGUUGCUGCUUGAUGAACGGUAUAAGGAUUGUUGUGUGGAUGAAUUGCCUGAGGCGAUUAAGGCUGUUUUGAAGGAGUAUGCAGAAAAAAGCAGCCCUUUGACUUUUGAGCUAGUUAGAUGCAAGUUGACUCUGUUUUAUGAUUACUGGCAGACGAAUGAGAUCUUGGAGGCCUUGCUGCCUGAGGGUAUGAUUGUUCCUACAACUUUCGAAACUGUUGGUCAUAUUGCGCACCUGAAUUUGAGAGAGGAACAUUUACCAUACAAGAAGCUUAUAGCAAAGGUUGUGUUAGAUAAAAAUAAGCCAAAGAUACAAACAGUUGCAAACAAGAUUGACUCCAUUCAUAAUGAGUACAGGACCAUGCAGCUUGAAGUUUUAGCAGGAAACCAUUCUCUUGUGACUACAUUAGCUGAGAACGGACUUCGCUUUCAUGUUGACUUAGCGAUAGUAUAUUGGAACUCUAGGCUUGGAACUGAAAGACAAAGGCUUCUGAGUGGUUUUACCCGGAAUGAUGUUGUCUGUGAUGUGUUCGCUGGAGUUGGUCCCCUUGCCAUAUCUGCAGCGAAGAUAGUUAAGCGCGUUUUUGCUAAUGACUUGAACCCUCAUGCAGUUGAGUAUCUGGAAAGAAAUAGUGUUCUAAACAAACUCGAGAAGAAGAUUAAGGUUUUUAAAAUGGAUGGAAGAAGGUUUAUAAUGGCCAUGUUUGCCAGUGAUAAAGCUCACUCCAUCACACAAGUGGUUAUGAACUUGCCGAAUGAUGCUGCAGAAUUUCUAGAUGCAUUUCGAGGAAUAUACAAAGAUAGACCUAAGGAUGGGGAAUUUACUUAUCCAAUGAUCCACGUUUAUGGAUUCUCCAAAGCAGAAGAUCCAGAAUUUGAUUUUCACGAGCGGAUAAGAAUUGCAUUGCUUGAAGUGGCAGUCAACGUGGACAUGCGACGGGUACGACUUGUUGCACCUGGAAAAUGGAUGUUGUGCGCAUCGUUUAUUCUCCCUAAAAGCGUAGCAUUCGCUAAUACCGCAGUUGAUACCUAACCUGUUAGAUUGUCAAUUAGCCAUGGCAAGCAGUAAAUUUUGUUUCACUACAUAGUUAUUAUAAUUGAUUUUGUAUAUAUGUAACAUGAUGUAUUUUUGCCAUACCUUUUCAUUAUCAUUUUUUAAAAAGAGUAUAAUGAAUGAACGAAGUCAAUGAUGUAUUUUUGCCAUA